AUGCCUGGUGCUAAGCUAACCUUGGCUCUCGGUGAGUAUGGAGAAUUAGAGGUAGUCACUCCUGGUCCUGGGGUGCCACUGGAGAACUACAGGGAUCAUGUGAUGGGCAUGAUGUCAUCAGAAACUCACCACAGAACAGAUACAAUACUGAGCAAGCAAACACUAUAUUCAGCCGUCACUGAUCUCCUUGUCCCCGUGCUCACAAAGCUCCCGGAGGACACUCCUCCCCCUCUUCCCAGCUCUCCCAACCCUCUCACUACCUCCCCCCUCUCCCACCGUCACACAAAGACUUCGGGCAGUGCCAGGACACAGGGCACCCAGAGAGACAGCAGGAGUGAGGGGAUUAAGGUGGAGGGAGCUGAUGUCUGUUCACAGCUACCGUCUUCACGUGCCUACCAUGACUACAUCUGGAGAAGGGCUGACUCCGUCUUAUAGACUGCUAGGACUGUAUUGCAUAAGACCAUUAUUAACAUUUCUAUGUCCAUUAUUCCACUGGCAUUAUUUAUCAGUGAUGUACGUAUGUAUACCAUUUUAAACCUUUGCUUGUGAUUAUGAUUUUUCAUUGCACAAAUUGAGUGUAUUUCCGUGGCC